GAGACUGGUGUCGCCUCCUCCCUCUCCGUCCAUUGCAUCUGUAUCAGAAUCUAAUUAAAACUUACUCUCUUUUUUGGUGAAAUGUAUCUUAAACGUCGUGUUAGAGAGAGAUAGGCGAUUUUUUUUCAAUUGAACCUUGCCCCUGAUUUUUAUCGAUCAGCUCUUGUGGAGGUAACCAUGGCUCAGGAUUUCUUCAAACAGAUCGGCCGGAGGAGUGAAAAUGCCUUUGGCCUUGACCAAGAUCCAGGCGACGACGGAAGAGACGCGGACAGCCUUUUCAACGUGACGAGACUGCAGGCCACCUCGCAGGAAGACCUGAAGCCCAUAGCCACCGACGUUCAGGUUUUCAACGACAUUCUCCCCAAGAACGGACCUGUGGAGCCGGGUCAGUCGACGACAGGAUCGGCGGACAAGAGCACUGCCCCGUCCCCAUCCCCGUGUUUGGAUGACCUGUACUGGAUGUUACCUGGCGCUGUUCAGGUGUGAGCCUGCGGUUGGGGGCGGCUUGGUGGGGAAACUACGAGGUACAAGGGAAGUUAUUUUUCGUUAGAAUACGUUUGAAUGUAUUUAUAUCGUGUGAGUUUAGGUGAUCAUGUAUCCCUAUCUUUAUCAAUUGCACUUUCAGUUUUAUACGUACGUAACAUUACUUUAUGGCAGAAAAGCCACUAUAGAUAAUGAUUAUUUGACUGGGUUUUCCACCAUUGUAUCAACACUGUAGAAUGGUUUGUCAUUUAUUUGAUUCAAUGCAAAAUUGUUGAUCUCUCUUUGUAAAAGGGACUUCAUGCAUUAUUUGUACGUGUUCCUUAAUGAUAUUUGUGUAACCACCUCGAAGCACAUUUUAUUUUUUACUUUGCUGGAGAAAGUAAAAGUAAGCGUUUACAUUUCUUAUAGCAAAGGUCUCACUCCCGAUUAAUCUGCAUGUUAUACAUGUAUCGAUGAAAAAAGAGGUUAAAGUAAUGUGACCUUAGAUAAUCAUUAUAAAACAUGGCAGUGCAACCACCUCAACAAUAUGGUUUCUCGUGGUUCCGACAAAUUGAUUAUG